AUGUGUCAUAAUCAACUGCCAAAGAUACGCAGAACUGUCUAUAAUUAUCGUCAAGGUGAUUUUUCUGGCUUACGAACUUCCCUUGAAUGUCUAAAUCUGGAUUCUCUGAUUACAACCGACGACAAUAUCAACCACGACUGGCAACAAUGGAAGAAGGCGUUCCUAGAAGCAGUAUCCCAACACAUACCAUCAGUGAGAGUAAAGGGUCGCAACUAUGUACCGUGGAUGAAUUCUACAUUUCUACACAACAUCAAGAAGAAAAACUCUCUCCGCCUCAGAAUUAAGAAAUCCCCUACACCUACUGAAUAUCUCCUGGAAAAAUUCAAAACCCUUCGUAGUUCCAUCAAGAGUAUGUUACGUAACAGUCGCUCCAAAUAUUUCGACUCUAUUUGUUCCAGCCGUGGACUUAAUCCCAAACGCUUCUGGUCCCUGUUCAAGUUCAAUAAUAAGACACGGAACAUUUCUCAAAAGCUCUCGGUGAAAGUAACUGAAACCAAAAGAACAUCCGCAGGAAAUCCAGCAGAUAUUGCUGCGCUGUUCAACAACUACUUCACAUCUAUAUUUACCACCGAUCCAAAUAUCGAAAACUACAGCUCUGACGCUCUUCCAUAUCAGUCUAACAAUACUAUCAUCGAGGACAUUACCCUUUCGGAAGCCGAUGUUUUCUCCGUAUUGCAUAACCUCGACAUUAACAAAGCCCAAGGUCCAGAUGGGAUUCCUGCACGAUUAUUAAAAGAAACAGCUCGCCAAAUUGCUCCAUCACUAACCGCCUUGUUUAAUAAAUCUCUGAACACUGGUGUGUUACCACGCGACUGGAAACUAGCAAAUGUUGUUCCCGUUCACAAAAAAGACAACAAAGAGCACGUAGAAAACUAUCGACCAAUUUCGCUUCUUUCGCUUAUCUCGAAAGCAUUGGAAAGAUGCGUGUUCAAUAAGAUCAAAGACCACGUUUUCGAACAGAUUAACAACGGUCAACAUGGCUUUGUUCCUCGGAAGUCCUGUGUUACACAGCUCAUUGAAGUCUUUGAGUAUAUUGGUCGUGAGCUGGAUCUUGGGAAACAAGUUGAUGUGAUCUACUUGGAUAUGUCCAAGGCGUUUGAUCGAGUAAGUGACAUGAAACUGUUGAAACGACUUCGUGAUUUUGGAUUCGGUGGCAAUAUUUUUAACUGGUUUAAAUCUUACCUCAAGGACCGUCGGCAGCAGACUACAGUACUUGGUGCAACAUCAUCAGCACUACCAGUAACCUCCGGAGUUCCCCAAGGCUCAAUCCUUGGACCGCUACUGUUCCUAUUAUAUCAGAAUAAUCUCCCCAACUCCAUCAACCACUCGAAGAUCGCGACGUUUGCUGACGACACAAAGAUUUACAAGGCGAUAAACGCGAAGGCUGAUGCAUCCGCUAUGGAGAAUGAUCUUGCGAAUUUCCAAACCUCCUCUGCCAAUGCUAAUCUUCUCCUCAACACAGAUAAAUGUAAGACACUUCGAAUUACUAGAAAACGCAACAAAAUCGACCAUACUUACAAGUUGCAAGAUUCCGCUCUGAAAACCACAGAUUGCGAACGUGACCUUGGCGUCUGGACCUCCUCCACUCUCACAUGGUCGAAACAAGUCCUCCACCAGUGCGCCCAAGCCAACAAAUCCCUCGGGUAUAUUCGACGGUCCACGAUCAAAAUCAAGACCAUCUCUGUUCGUCGGACUCUAUAUCUUACCCUCGUUCGUUCCCACCUCGCAUACGCGUCCCAAGUUUGGGCUCCACAAACUGUUGACCUCAUUAAGCGUACAGAACGCGUUCAAGGACGUGCUUCGAAGUACAUAUUGAACCUACCGUUCUUCUGUGACAUCAACUACAACCAUCGUCUCUCAACAUUAAAUCUACUACCUCUGUGUUACUGGCACGAGUACCUGGACAUAUUGUUCCUUUUCAAAUCACACCAUGGCAUUAUUAACCUAAGCAGCGACAUACUGCCACACCCUCAAAACUCAAGUCAACGUACCCGAUCUACAAACCCUAAAUGCCUACAAUUUAAGACUUCAGCAUGCAAAACAUCUACCUAUCAAAAAUCAUAUCUAAUAAGGACUACUGGAGUCUGGAACACACUGCGAAUAGAUUUAACUAUUAAUAGCAUGGCAACUUUAAAAGACUUUAAAAAUAAGUUAUUAAUCUAUUAUAAAAUAGCACUAGAUAAAUGUUAUGACGUUGACGAUCCACGAACAUGGAAAUCGGUUUGCUUAAAAUGCAACCAAGCUCGCGACCUGACAAGGCCGAUAACGUGUUGUUUUUAGAUUUAGUUUUCAGAAGUACCUUUUCACAUUGGUAUCUAUGGGGCCUAUUCAGGUUUUGCUGAAGGUUUAGGAUUGUGAGGGUUUCAAACGUCUUCUGACUCAGUCAGCUUCCAAAAAUGGAAGUGGUUCUGCGGGUCGCAAUGUGAAAAGUUUCAUCUGAUAGUUCGUUAGUAAUUGAUCCUUUCUAUGUACGUAUAUAGUGUAUUUGUCGAACAUUUAGGGAUCGCUGUAAUUGGCGCAAGCUGUUGCGAUUGCCCUGCCAGUUUUUUGUGUUAACGUUGUUUAAAUCUGGCAAAGUUAAUAAAUGAUAGCCUUCUUAAGUCGAUUGUGCUGAGGACGAUUUUCUUUUUAGCUUGCAUAAAUUUUCCGUUGGACUGCUUUUCCCAUACGGAGGCCCACAGGAUGAGCCCUAGGGGUACGUUAGUAACAACUGAAAGAAGUGGGGAAUCUGAUUUAAUAGUAAUUGACUCAAGGUUGAUGUACGUUAGAUUGUUAAUAGUGUCUGUUAUCCAUGAAGGUGGAAUCUGAUCUUGACAGUAAGCAUAGUACCUUGUUGCUGCAACUGAUACGCCACGAUAACCCCAGAUCCACUGUGAAUAAAUGUGGUGAAUUUUCCUUACAUAUCUAUUAUCAGCUGUCGCUUGGACAAGACCUGAGGAAGGUUUCAGGAAGUUAUUUUCCACCCAUUGCUUGUUUACAGCGUCCUUAGCAUUUAGGACAGCGUCCUUAGCAUUCCCUUAGGGACUGGUCAUUAUUUAUGGAAGGGGGGAGGGGAAUUUUUUCUUUCCUAAAUUUAAAAAAUUGAAAGCCCCCCUUAAAAGAGCAGAAAUGUAAUGAUAACCCCCCUCUACAUAUUAGAAUAUUUUUUAUUGACCCCCCGCCCCCAUCUUCAUUUUUAUUCGAGAAAUGGGGAUACCCAGGCCAGUGCUCUCACAAUCAAAUUUUCGAAUUCCUUAGAAAAAGCUCGAAAAUUCGUCAGAUUUCCUUAAAAUUCCUUAAAUUGGUAAAAUUACCACAAGGCCUGAUCACACAGUUGCAAAAAGUGUUUUUCGGCCUCCUUUUUUCUGUUUUUCAGUUUUUAUAACCUUGUUUCUAAGCACUAAAAAUUGAAAACAUUUGAUUGGUCUUGAUUGUUAGCAUAAUGCCAUAAAGAAAACAUUCAACAUUGAGAAUUUUAAUGAAAAGACCAGUGGCGGACACUUUACGAAAUAUUCGGCGGGGGGGGGGGGCUCUGCCGAAGGCACGGAAAAAUUUUUAAAUUUGAAUCCCGGAAAUGGCAUUUGCAGCGUUCUGAGAACACAUUUUGUAAAAAACUAGGGUUUCAACUAGGGUUUCAAAAACUAGGGUUUCAAAACUAGGAUUUCUGCAGUCUUUCAAAAUAAUUGGGGGUGCUCAGGCCCCCCCCCCCCUGGUGUCCGCCACUGGAAAAGACAGCCAUAUUUACAUUUAUGACAUAGAGAGCAUACAAAUAUAUGUAAUUAUGUGCGUAUAAUGUUGCUACUUUCAAGUUUAAAUCUCAUUUGCGUGGCGUGGUUAUCCUCCGUCCAACGUUUUUAGUCCCGGAUAAAAUGUUUCGGAAAUUCCUUAAAAAAAUCCUCAAAAACCUAAAUUCCUUAAAAAAAUCCUUAAAACUCUUCAAAAUUCCUAUUUUUAAGGAUAAUUCCUUAAAAGUGAGAGCACUGACCCAGGCGUUAUAAUGUUAAUUAUUAAUUAAAUAAGAAUAUGGAGCUGACAAGAUAUUAACGUCGACCAAAAAUAUAUAUUAGCAGAAAAUUAUAAAUAAAAGAGGGGUAUUUUCAUAUAUAACUCUAAAAUCAGGUUUCCAUUUGAUCUGGGCGAUUGUAACCAUGUUUAACGGCAGAGAAUUAAUAUUAGUUUUUGGAGGCAGGUGCCGUUUGUGCUCCAAGGCUGUAACUAGAUUUGAUGGCACAAAGUAUUGCCAUAGCAGCUGCAAUGAGAGUAACAAUCAGUAAUAUUAGCAGCAAAAGGAGAUAGCCAUGACAAUUCUGGACAUUCUGCCAAGGCAUACCUCCGGCAACAGUCACACUGACAAGUCAGUGGAAACAAAAUAUAAUGUAUGGUGGUCUAUACAUCCUAUUUUAUGUGAGAUUAAAAAUUAUAUAAAAUAAAAUGACCUACUACCAGAUAAAAUCCUCUAGAGUAAACAUGGGUGGGUGGGGUGGGUAAGGCAAAGGUAUCUAAGCGCUAAGCUUUGCUGUAGCUAGGCAAAGCAUACAAUGGCAGUAUGGAUGCCCAGACCGAAGCACUGAUCACAAGGCGCGAAACACCCCCUUUAAUCGAUAUGACGUUACAGACUCACGUCACGAUAUGACGUCACAGACAUAACCUUGCUUAAAUGUAUUUAACCACAUCAAGAUAGCUCAUGUAAUAAUACAUUGUCAAUUUAUCUCUGCAAUCUGUAAAGACUGAUUUGCAUACAGCACACAGAAGACAAGAUAAAUCCAGACUAUUUCACACCAGUGACCAUGAUUUAGUCGCAAAUAAGAACAAAUGGAUACCAUGCUUAUUAAGCAAAUUCCUUCCAAUUUAAAAGCAACCCCGCCCCCCCCCGCCUCCUCAUUUUCUUCAAAAAUUUAAUAGCCCCCCCCCUUCUAGGCAUUUAUUUAUACAUAUGCCCACCCCCUCAUUUUUCUCUCCCCCCUUCCAUAAAUAAUGAGCGGUCCCUUAGAUCAAGAAUACCACUCGAAUCUCCCAUAUCCAGAUCACCCUUUACCAAUUCACCUCUACUACUCAUGAACUCAUCAGUUGCCCAUUUCUUAUUAACAGCAGAACCGUCAGUUGUUGGGUCAGCUACCUUGGUUAACUCAAAAUUAUUCACAUCUAGGUUACUUGCUAACGUAUCACCGUUACGCUUCAGAAACUGUAGCCCCCAAGUGUCCAGCGUCUUACUUGAAAGUGCAGCUGUGUCUCCCACAGAGCCCCCUGCAAGUCCCGUUAUGCUAUGCCCUCCCAUGUCAAUAUUACCUGUCAUAGUGAAACCGCUACUAUUGAUUGAACUUCCACUAACAUGAUCAGUAACCCACUUCUUAGAUACAGCAGACUUGUUAGUAGUAGGAUCACCUAACUUUACUAUUUCAUUGUUUCCCAUAUCGAGGUCAUCAGAUAGUGUAAGACCACUAUAAGUCUCACGUCUACUCCUACUUCCACUUAUCUUAUCCUCGACCCAUUUUUGGACACAGCUGACGAAUUAGCUGUGGAAUCACCAAUAUCUUUAAUUUCAUAACCAGCCAUCUGAAGGUCACCUCUCAUUCUGUCUACACUUUCCCCAAAAAGCCUUUCCUUAUGAGACCACUUGAAGUAGAGGCAUCCUUACUAGAAUGUGGACUUCAUCAAAUAGAACACUACCACGGACGAACUGAUUAUUACCCCCAGACAGCUUCAGGAAGUUACUACUGUUUGAUUUAAACCAUCCCUUGCUAACAGCAGACUUAUCAUCUGUGGGAGUGGCAAGAUUUUUAAUCUCAUGGCCCUUCAUAUCAAUAUCACCAGCAAUAUUAAGUCCGGAGACAGGUUUAUCCAGCAUUCCAACGACCCAGUCCUUGCUAACAGCAGACUUGCCAGUAGUGGGAUCACCCAAAGCCUUUAUCUCAUUGGUUGACAUAUUGAGAUCAUUUGUGAGGGUAAGACCAGGUAGACUAGCAUGUGUAUGUCCACGACCACCUUCAACCCACCUCUUAUUAGCAACAUCUCCAGGAUCAGUAGGAUCACCAACAUCUUUGAUCUGAUGAUUUCUCAUAUUAAAGUCACCAGUAAUGUAAGACGUACCGUCGCGUCUGGUAUAGUGACCCAACAUGGUAGCCACAUAGUCAUAGUUAACGACUGUCUUAAGUGCACGCGAUGGAUCACCGAGAUUGGUUAUCUUAUUACCACCCAUAUUUAUGUCACCAGUCAUGGUGAAUCCUGCCGGUUGAAUUGUAACAGAAGCUUGUUUGAUAAUUUCAUCAUCUACCCAUUUCUUUGUAACCGCAGACGUGUCAUCUGUAGGAGCACCCAGACCUUUCACCUCAUUACCAUCCAUUUCAAUGUCACCUUUCAUAGUAAAUCCAUCCUUAUUAAACACACUUCCACUUGAUGAGUCAGCAUCAUUUGCUUCCUUACUGUAUCCUUGAUAGAUAGCCAUUUUUAUAACAUACACAAUGUUUCACAGAACAGUUCUCAAUACAAGAAACACAGCAACAGACCCGAUACCGAGUCCAGCUAAGACAUUAUUACUAGAAGACUCAUGGGUACUAACCGCCUUACGCUGCACAACUGGUGUGGUAACCUUAGGGACAACAGGAGGUGUAACACUUACAGGGCUUCCUGGAACUUUUGUAUUUCCACUAAGAGUAUCAAGGUGGUGAACUGGUGUGCUAUUUGGAUGGUGUUUCUUUGGAGGAUCAGCUUGCUUAACACCGACAUAAUUUACCUUCGGAUUCUCCCCAAAUUUCAUUGUACUAUUUGCUGUCUGUAGCAGGUUAUUAUAACCGAGUAUCGGAGUUUUUAGAAUAAUGAAGUUCGAUGGGAUUAGAACUAUUCCAGGGGAUAGAGCAGUAUUCAAAAUCACAUUUGUGUCCCUCACAGCUUCCCUCAUAUUACUAAUUGUUGUUACCGUACUACUUUGUAAAAUAGUAGAAUUCACAAUAGUUCUAAAGUCACGUUGCGUUUGGAUGGCUUUAAGAACGUUUCCUUCUAUCGACCACCUAGUAUUAGCUUGAGAUCCUAACAUAGCAUACACAUAGGACUCAAUACUCUCCUGGAUAAGCUCAACACCCAACUUAGUAAAGCCAUUGCUUUUUUCAGCUAUGAAUGAGAGGUAAUCGCUACCAGACAAAGGUCCCGCACUAGUUGUAGCACCACUUCCAUCAAUAAUGUAGGCCUCGAUAAUCGGGAUAUGUUUUCUUACAAUAUUGAGGUUAACUCCAAGUUUAUCAAUAGCAUCCUUACUCACCGUUAACUUUCUAGUGGUGUAGUACAGAUGAUAUCUCAUAAUGGAUGUUAUUAUUUUAGGAAUAUAAUUACUCUCGCGAACGUGUUCCAAUGAUACCCCACUAAGAUAGCUAGCUAUAUAGGCACCCGACAACAUUCUAGUGUAUGGUAUCGUAUUGAAGGAAACCUUUCUUACAUCCUUAUUAGUUAAAUUAUGACCUUCAUCCCAACCUACACCAGCAUUGGGGAAGUUAGACAUGAAAUAACUGUUUUCAUUCACAUAGACCUUAAAGUUGUUAAAGUUAUAGGGAAGAUUCACAUGAGGUCGAUACGUGUUAAUACGAUAACCAUCAUCAUGAAUUAAAACUCGACUAGGUCCCAACUUUCUUUCAUCGUAAAUAGGAUUCUUUGGAAAGACCAGUGGUUUAAGUUCCUGAACUGUCCCAUUACUAUUCCAGAGAAGCGGCCACCCUUUUGGUUUCAAGGGAACGUCGGGCUUAGGUUUCAGGGGAGGUGGCGCCACCAACUUAGGCUUUAUUGCUGUAAGGUAUGAGGUGUACUCCUUGUCUUCCUUAAAGCCGUCAUAUUUUAUAUCAUAGGAUGUAAUUCCAUCAAAAUCUACAAACCACGUAACAACUCUUAUGUCACCACUACUGGUAGCCUUAGCUUCAAAUUUAAAUCUUCUCAUAUCUGCAAAAGGAUACUUUACUUUAAACUUAGCCCUCUCAGCGUAUCAGCCUUUUUACCAGUAAUAGGAUCAACAUAAUCUUCACUGACAUCCUUUCCGUACUUUUUUUCAUAGUCUUGGUACGAUCUAUACGGCGACUUACCAACUUGUCUUCCACCCGGUAUCAUUUUGUAAUAGAAUAACGUAUGUUAUUAAGAUGAAGUUUACAAUUCUUACUAAGGGUCCGCACACUGUAGUACCACUGUAUAAUUCAGUUCUAACAAGCAACUAUGGUUCAGUCUUUGUGAAGAAAGUAUCUGUCUUCUGGGAGUAUUUCAAUAUAGUGAAACAAAUAACGUUAAUUAUUGUAAAGACAGAUGGCGGAGAAUCAGAUGUAAACAUUGAAAAAGGAUACCACACAUUUGCUAAUAUUAAAGCUGUGCUUGAAAGACACGGUGUAAUGCUAACAUACUUUGGGGAAGCAGCUAAGUGUCAAAUAGAGACAACAAAAUAUGACAUCACAGUAGAAAAACACCUACUUAACAUGUUAGGAUUCAACAGGUAUUCUACCUCAAUGAUUCUAUUAAAAGGGAGAAGUUUAUCAGGUGAUAGUAAAGUUGACAUUAACAACGGACUACGAUUCGUAAACAUUCAUUGCAACCUUGCAGGUAAGAGCUACAACACUAACCACUGGGGUAAGCCAAGUGAUCUGAUAACAAGUAUUACAAUUCCGACAGACAGACCAUUACUAGGCUCUGUGGUUAGUUACAUUGACAUUGAAAGCAGAUUUGCAAUAGUUAAGGGUUCAUGUUCAGAACUGGUUUUCCAUGUGAGAGAUCAAGACGGGAAACCUAUUGAUAUAGGUGAAGUGCUUAUCUAGAUGUACCUUGAGUAGUGAGCUUACAUUGGUUAAUAUAAGAUGGACGACGAUAUUAUGAAAGAACAGGGACUACGAGAUAUUUACUACAAUCCUAAAACUGGAUUCCAAACACCAGAGAAACUAUAUCUUAGAGCAAUAUCAGACGGACUUAAAGUAACCAGAAACCAGGUCAAAAAAUGGAUAAACGAGCAAGACACAUACACUAGGUACAGACAAGUGUUUAGGAAACAUAAGUUCAGACAGACGUACGUCCAAACUUUAGGUGAACAGUUACAAAUGGAUUUAGUUGAUAUGACAAAAUAUGACGACAAGAACAAGGGAUACCGCUGGAUUCUCACAUCCAUUGAAAUACUAAGUAGGUACGCAUUCACAGUACCAGUGUAUAGGAAAAACGCGACAUCAAUGAAGGACGCAGUCAGUAACAUUUUAGAGCAAUUUAAUAAUCGUUUUGGUAAAUACCCAAAAUUCACCCAGUUUGAUCAAGGCACAGAGUUCUACAACAAAGAAGUAAAGUCAUUGCUUAAUAAACAUAACAUUGAAUUUUUCUCUACUUACUCAGACAAAAAGGCCGCAGUUGUGGAAAGAUUUAACAGAACACUGAAAGCGCUAAUGUGGAAGUACUUUUACAGUGCCAGUACAUAUAAAUGGUUAGACGUCCUUCAAGACUUAACUGAUAAUUACAACAGUUCAGUGAACAGAUCAAUUAAAACAACACCGGACAGUGUAAAUGAGUCCAACUGGACUGAAGUAUGGCAGACACUUUUUAGUCACAAUUUAGGCAAGCCGUCAGAACCAAAGUUUGCUGUCGGAGAAAGUGUCAGGAUCUCAAAGUACAAAUCAGUGUUCACAAAAGGGUACGAAGCAAAUUUCACAGAGGAGUUAUUCACUGUGACGGAAGUGUAUCACGGCCAUCCAAACACGUACACAAUAAAAGACAGUGCUGAUGAACCAAUAAUUGGCAGAUUCUAUGAACAAGAACUGUAUAGCGCCGAAGGAAGAGAACCUGAUUUUAGAAUAGAGAAAGUGCUAAGGAGAAGAACAGUGAAGGGUAAAAAGAUGGCCCUAGUUAAGUGGUUAGGUUAUGAUGACAAAUUUAACAGUUGGAUACCAGCUGGAGACAUAAAGUCCCUAACAUAG